AUGUUACCGAGAGAUACUUCUGCUGAGGAUUUCAUUGGCAAAGUCCCUCCAUACGCCAUCCUCUCUCACACCUGGGGCGAUCGCGAAACAACGUUGCAAGAGUUCCAAAAUCGAACCUACAGGAAAGGAAGCAGAGAAAUUGCCAAGAUAUUCGCUACAUGUCGUCAAGCCCGUUCCCAAGGGCUCGAUUAUGCCUGGGUGGAUACCUGCUCUAUCGAUAAGACCAGCAGUACAGAGCUAGGAGAGGCCAUAAACUCCAUGUUUAAGUGGUACCGUGACGCAGCUGUCUGCUAUGCAUUUUUGGAAGACAUAUCGACAAAACAGCCCGCUGAGCCUAAACGAAGAUGGAGAUCAACAUCAGGAGGAUUUGGCUUAACGAAUAGCCGCUGGUUCACCAGAGGGUGGACUCUCCAAGAGCUAAUUGCGCCACGCAAUAUGGAGUUCUACGACAAGGAUUGGAACCUGAUCGGAGAAAAACAAGACAUGGUGUCUGAGUUGCGGAAUACAACGGGCAUUGACACUUUUGUUCUACAGGGUGGCCCUCUGGAACAGACCAGUCGUGAGGAGGAUAUUGCCUAUUCUCUUCUCGGUAUCUUCGGCGUCAAUAUGCCACUUCUAUACGGAGAAGGGGCCAGGUCAUUCUUGCGACUACAAGAAGAGAUUCUCAAGCAGUCAGCUGACCAGACACUUUUUGCAUGGCGCUCAACCGCGACUGGGGCUGACAAAGAGGAAGCCCGAGGACUAUUCGCCCACUCUCCAAGAGAGUUCCAGAACUUCUUGGAUAGAGGAGAAAGGUCAAUCGAGCGAUCGGAACAAGCGAAAGACAACUUGAUGAGACUGUGGGACUCGAGGGCACCCCGGGAGCCCUGGACUGUCAGUAACAGAGGCAUCAGAGUGACUGGUCGUAUACAAGAUUUAAGGCCUAACUAUGAGCGCUACCAUACUGUGAUUCUAUUAUUGAAUUGUUGUUUUGGUGGGAAUCCGGGCCGCGUAGUGGGCAUCUACCUUCGACGUCUAGAUGGAGAUCGCUAUGCACGAAUUCGUCCUGGUGAGCUGGCUAGCGUCAAGCCUCUUAGAAGCAUCAUAUCUCCUUAUAGUUUGUAUGGGCUGCGACAUGGAGACGAGGUUCGUGGACAUUACUACGAUCAACCGUGGACAUCUUCAUACACGAUCCGACGCGAGUUGGAAGAACUGGAGCAUUCAAAGUUUGAGAAUAGUCAGGCUGCGAAAGAGAGAUACGAGCAUGGUUUCUACAUCAGCGCCAAGGGUCUCAAGCCCACCACCAUCUUCGGCCAAUACAAGCUUCAUGGAGUCAUGAUGACUGACGCUCGUGGGCUGCUCCGCUUUUUCAGUUUCUAUCCAGAUGAUCGACACAUGGAUAUUGUGCUGAAGACAUACCCCAACUUUCGGGUUGUACUUCUCUACAAAGCGACUACCAGCUCAGACUUGAUUUUAGUCUUGUUGGGUCGAAAGGUACAACCAGAUGAAAGCGGAGGUCAACAUUGGGUGACGGCUACGUACCUGAGCCGAUGGGAACUCGAGGAGAAGAGCACCAGUCGAAGGGAUUCCGAUGUCGAAACUGCAGGUUACUGGACCAUGGCCAAUAUUGUUUUGGCAAUCUGCCUUUCGACUAAUAAGGCCAUACCUAAUUAA